AUGACUCUCUCGCCUAUUUCUACUUUUCUCGCCGGUGCUGCUAUCCUUUACCUUGCUAGGUGGGUAUGCAUCGAGAUAAACCACUGGCUUUUUGCAAGGAAACUCGGGUGCAAACCUGCCCAUGUGCGGCGAAGCAAGCUCCCACUUGGUCUCGACAACGUGCUUCGGAUGGCCAAAGCCGCGAAAAACCAGGAGCUGCAGAAUGAUGACCAACUCGUUCACCAAGAGAUGGGCUGUCCGUCAACCUGGGUGCAGAAUUUCCUUGGGUUUUGGUGCCACACUACGGUUGACCCUGAAAACAUCAAAGCGAUCCUUGCUACGCAAUUUAAAGACUUCGAAAUGGGUCCUUUCCGUACCGAUACUCUCAGUCCGCUCCUUGGGCAUGGCAUUUUCACGAGUAAUGGUAAAGAAUGGUAUAUAGUAAACUUUGAUCCCCUCAAACGCGAUGUUUUACUGACAUUCAUGUUUACAAGAAACCAAAUCUCCAGCCUUGAGUUAGAGGAAGUCCACAUCCAGCAUUUAUUCGGUCGAUUCCACCACGGUGCUGACGGUUCCUGGACAAGCCCGAUCGACCUGGGCCCUCUUUUCUUCAACCUCACACUUGAUUCUGCGACUGAGUUCCUGUUCGGACAAAGCGUUGAUUCACAGUUAUUGGACAGCCCCAAUGCGGCGAAAGCAACGUCUAGUGAACAUGAGACAAAAGCCAACAGAGAUAGCAAGGAUUGGUCAUCCUUUGGACGGGCGUUCGACAGAGCUAACACUACCAUCAGUUUCAAGGGCAUGCUCAUGGACUUCCACUUUCUAUAUUCUCCUAAAUCCUUCACUGAUGAUUGCAAUACAGUGCAUCGAUUUGCAGACUAUUUCGUUCAGCAAGCGCUAAAUGAAGAACAGGAAGUUUCCGGUAGCCCUGACUCCAAAGGGGAAACGGAAGCCUUCGUCUUUCUUCGUGAGCUCGUCAAAUCUACCAAGGAUCCAAAGGCACUACGCGGCCAACUCCUCAAUAUCUUGCUUGCAGGGCGAGAUACUACUGCGGGACUGUUGGGCUGGACCUUCUACUUACUAGCCCGCCAUCCUGACUACUACUCCAAGUUCCACAGAAUUAUUGUUGAGACGUUUGGCCCAUAUUCAGAACACGCAUCAUCCCUUACCUUUGAAUCUCUCAAGGCGUGCAGUCAUCUGCAAAACCUUCUGUCGGAAGUCCUUCGCCUACAUCCUGUGGUGCCUGAGAACAGCCGACGAGCCACGCGAAACACUAUGCUACCUCGUGGAGGUGGUGUGGAUGGAAAUGCACCAGUUUACAUUCGCAAGGGGGAAGAGGUCAUCUAUAAUGUGAAUGUCAUGCACCGGCGAAAAGAUAUCUGGGGGGAUGACGCGGACGAGUUUCGACCACAGAGGUGGAUUGGCAGCAAACACGGAUGGGAGUAUCUGCCCUUCAAUGGCGGGCCAAGGAUCUGCUUGGGGCAGCAGUUUGCAUUAACGGAAGCCGGAUUUGUUGUGGUAAGACUGCUCCAGCGGUACAGCAAGAUUGAGAACCUGGAUACGGAGACGGUGACAAAGCAUCAGUACACUCUCACAACAGCGCCAGUGAAGGUACUUGUCAGGUUCUGUGAGGCUGCGCAGCUUUGA